UUCCACAUAUGGAAAGAUACGGUUGAAAUAAAAAUAUAUCAAGUAUUCGUAAAUUUUCAUGUCGUUAUCCAUAAUUCGUUGGUGCAUUAAUUUUGGAGCAGUAGCACAUUUGUUCAUCAGAUUGCAGGGCGAUAGGAAAUAAGCAAACUCUCGCCUUUUACGCCUGGUCCAAUUUUGUGUAAAUGCAGCCCUGGCCAGAUAAUGCCACCCUGGGUUUUGUUUUGCAAAGUGGAAUUGUUGCAAGUCAAAUAACAAUAACAAUUUAACACGCAUAUACAAACGACUUUGUGUAUAUAACGCGCGGCGAUAAUUGCUAGGCGAACAAAUGACCACCGCUGCCUCCACAUCGCAACAUGCCUCGUCGACGAUGAUGGCCGGCUCUGGGUCCUCCUCCUCCAAAACAACGACGCCCAGCAGCUCGGCGGUGCGCGCCUUGGCCAUGGAGUACAAGUCAUUGCAGGAGGAGCCGGUCGAAGGAUUUCGCGUAAAGCUAAUCAACGACGAUAAUCUAUUUGAAUGGGAGGUCGCCAUAUUCGGACCACCGGAUACACUCUACCAGGGCGGCUAUUUUAAGGCCCACAUGAAGUUUCCACACGACUAUCCAUACUCGCCACCAACAAUACGCUUUCUCACCAAAGUGUGGCAUCCAAAUGUCUACGAGAAUGGCGAUCUAUGCAUAUCUAUACUGCAUCCGCCGGUUGAUGAUCCGCAGAGCGGUGAGCUGCCAUGCGAGCGCUGGAAUCCCACACAGAAUGUAAGGACCAUUCUCCUGUCGGUAAUAUCACUUCUCAACGAGCCCAACACAUUCUCACCGGCCAAUGUGGAUGCAUCGGUUAUGUACCGCCGAUGGCGGGACUCGCAGGGCAAGGACCAUGAUUAUCCAAACAUCAUACGCAAACAGGCCUUGGCCGCCAAUGCUGAGGCCAAGCGAGAGGGCAUUGUUGUGCCGAUGACCCUUGAGGAGUAUUGCCUCCAGCCAGCACGGAAGCCCACAGCAGAUUCUGCCUUGGAUGCAAACUUCUAUGAUGAUGACUUUGAUUUAGAGACCGAGGAUGAUUUACCCACAGAUGAUGAUGAUUUCGAUGAGGACGAGGACGAAGAUGAGGGCGAGGGCGAGGGCGAGGAUGAUGACAGUGCAUCGGCAUCGAUUAGCAAAAAUAAUGGGAACGCUAAGAGCAAGAACAAUGGACUGGCAGUCGCAGAUGAUGCAGAGUCUGCCGAUGACAGCGGCAAGGGCGAGACCACAUAAUGCAGCCAUGCACCGAUAGAUCGCAUCAUUUCUUCCUCCCACUCCUGCCCUAGGCGACGAGCCACAGCCUCUUCAUUUCUCCAACAUUAUUACUAUGAUUAACGCUAAUUAUAGAAGUUUAAAAACUAACAAAAAAAAAGUAGAAAUCAAGCAGAAAAUGAAAAAAAAUGAUUUACAUUACAUAGUUUAAACGGAAUAACUUGGAUUCGCCUGGAUUUUAUAUUUUUUGGAGGGUUCGGCAGACAAGAAUAAUGGCCCCACAAUAAUUUUUGCUACUCAAUUCGGAAGGAUAUCGGUCUGAUCAAUGACAUACUAAACCUAAGAUUUGUAUAAGCUAUUAGUCUAACGGGCCAACUCAAUUUCCCGCCAUUAAUAGAGUUCAGAGGCCUUUCCAUUUUUUUUUUUCUAUAAAUGUGUUAACAAAACCACAGCAAACAGAACAUUUACAUAACUCAGCCAAAAACUGAUUAUGAUUAAACAAGAAACUAUACUGUGUACUACAUA